AUGGCGGGGACGCGAGGGGCGGCAUUGCUGCUGCUUCUGCUGGCCACUUCGGCGGCGGCGGGCGGCGAGAAGGUCUGCGACAAGGGGUGGGAGUGCAGCGGCAGCCGGUUCUGCUGCAACGAGACCAUCGGCGACUUCUUCAAGGCGUACCAGUUCGAGGAGCUCUUCCCCAAGCGCGACUCCGAUCUCGCCCACGCCGCUGGCUUCUGGGAUCACAAGGCCUUCAUCACCGCCGCCGCGCUCUUUGAGUCCCGUGGGUUUGGCACCACCGGAGGCAAGGAGAUGGGCAUGAGGGAGGUCGCCGCCUUCCUUGGCCACGUCGGCGCCAAGACAUCCUGUGGAUACAAGGAAGCGCCUGAUGGUGAAACAGCUUGGGGGCUUUGCUACAACCACGAAUUGAGCCCAAGCCAGAGCUAUUGUGAUGAUAGCAACGAAUUAUACCCUUGUGGUGAAGGAGUUGAGUACUAUGGCCGAGGUGCUCUUCCUGUUUACUGGAACUACAACUACGGUAUCGUUGGGAAGGGUAUCAAGCAGGAUUUGUUGAACCACCCAGAGCUACUGGAACAGAAUGCCACACUUGCAUUUGAAGCAGCCAUUUGGAGGUGGAUGACUCCAAUGAAGAGGAAGCAGCCAUCUGCUCAUGAUGUGUUUGUUGGUAACUGGAAACCCACCAAGAAGGACACAUUAUCCAAGAGGUAUCCUGGCUUUGGUGCUACCAUGAACAUCCUGUAUGGUGAUGCCAUCUGUGGUAAAGGAUCCACCGAUAAGAUGAACUUCAUUAUAUCCCAUAACCAACAUUAUCUCGGCUUGAUGGGAGUUGGCCGCGAACACUUUGGAGAUAACUUGGAUUGUGGUGACCAGAGCUGUGGCAGGCUGGUAGCUCUUACUAGAGAAGGCAAGCCGGGAAAGGGGAUGGAGCUCACCAAUAUCCCCUAUAUUGCGUCGUCUUCCUCCUCCAGCUGCUUCUACUACAGCUACAGUAGCUGUGCCUGCAGAGGUAGAAGAGAUGGGAAGCUGGUAAUAAAAGCUUCUGCAGCUGGUAGUAAGCGUGCUGCUGAUUCAGUAUGUUCACAACUCUCUGAGCAGCAGGAAAUUGAAGAUUCCAUUUCAGGUCCCAGAUCAUCCUGGCGUAUGAGAAGGAGAGACUUUGCUUCUGCCAUUUUACUCCCUUUUCUGAUUCCUCGUAUUAACAUCUCUAUUGCGGCUGAGAUAUAUGAUGCAUCAAUUAUUCGAAGUGGUGUGAGGAAUGUUUUAACCAAGGCCAAAGCUGCUGGUGUGCUUCGAUUGGUUUUCCAUGAUGCAGGGACUUUCGAAAUUGGUGACAAAUCAGGUGGCAUGAAUGGCUCUAUAAUUUAUGAAGUUGACAGACCUGAAAAUACUGGGCUAAAUAGAUCCAUAAAGAUACUAAGAAAAGCAAAAGAAGGAAUUGACAACGUUCAUAAAGUGUCAUGGGCGGAUUUGAUUGCCGUGGCUGGUGCUGAGGCAGUUGCGCUCUGUGGUGGGCCUGAGAUUCCAGUAAGGCUAGGAAGAUUAGAUUCUAGCACUGCUGAUCCAACUGGUAAACUUCCUGAAGAAACAUUGGACGCAACUUCCUUAAAAACAUUAUUCAGCAAGAAGGGCUUUUCGGUGCAGGAGAUGGUUGUUUUAUCUGGAGCACACACAAUUGGAGGUAAAGGAUUUGGGAGUCCAAUUGUUUUCGAUAACACCUAUUUCAAGGUGCUCCUUGAGAAGCCGCAAACAUCUUCAACUGGCAUGGCGGCAAUGGUUGGGCUCCGCACGGACUGGGCACUCACCGAAGAUGACGAGUGCUUAAGAUGGAUCAGGGUCUAUGCAGAGGACCAAGCUAGAUUUUUCGACGACUUCAGGGAUGCAUACAUCAAGCUCGUAGACAGUGGAGCCUCCUCCAGCUGCAAGCAGGCCAAGACGAAGAACUGUAGCGACCGGCUGGCAUGGAGGGUCGCAGUGGCAAGCGGCGACGCCGAGGCUGACGGUGCCGAGGCGGGCGCUGGCGCGGGCCAGGCACCGACGGCGCGAGCGGGGCGGCGGGCCCGGCUGUCGGCGAGGCGGCGGGAGCGCGUCUCGCUGCCGGACGGCGUCUCCGGCGUCGGCGAGUUCCUGCGCCACCCGGACGCCGUGGAGUCCCUCCUCAACACCGGCGCGCUCGAGAGCUUCGCGCCCGCGGGGUCCGGGCCCGGCACUUUCACCUGCGCGCUGCGCCGCAUCGGGCUCCUCGGCUUCGAGGUCGCGCCGGUGCUCGACCUCCGCGUCGCCCCGACCAGCACCGACUGCACCAUCGAGAUGCUGUCGUGCAGGUUUGAGGGUUCAGAAGCACUCGAGCAGCAGAAUGAAUUCUUUUCAGCGUUUAUGAGUAACCAUAUAACGUGGAGCGACGAUGCCGAGGAGCCCUGCCUAGACAUCGAUGUCAGCUUGGAGGUCACUCUGGAGGUCUACACUAAGCCAUUCAGCAUGCUUCCACUGUCAGCAGUGGAGAAACCAGGCAACCUUUUGAUGCAAGGCCUGCUGGACAUGCUUGUUCCCAUGCUGGGAGAGCAGUUGCUGAGGGACUACCAUUCCUGGGUUCAGCUUCAGCAGCAGCAGCAUGAAUCGUCUUGA